UGUGUUUUCGCUAGUAAUGGCAAGUAAAAACCUAACCUUAAAUCUGAUUUUCAUCAAUUUCUUUAUUUAUUGAACAAAAUACGUUUGUUUUUAACGCUGAGAAAAACUUAAUUAAUAUAAAAAUGCCUGAUCAUCUAGGAGAAGAUAUGCGAAAAGUAAAAAGUGAAGAGGGAAAAGAAGAAAAAGAAAUAAAGUCUUUGGAUGAAGGAGAUAUUGCUCUACUUAAAACUUAUGGUCAAGGACAAUAUACAAAAAGUAUUAAAGCUGUUGAAGAAGAUAUACAAACAAUAAUUAAACGUGUUAAUGAAUUGACUGGAAUUAAAGAGUCUGAUACUGGUCUUGCACCACCUGCUUUAUGGGAUUUAGCUGCAGAUAAACAAACUUUACAAAAUGAGCAACCAUUACAAGUUGCACGUUGUACUAAAAUAAUUAAUGCAAAUUCUGAUGAUCCUAAGUAUAUUAUAAAUGUAAAACAAUUUGCAAAAUUUGUAGUUGAUUUAGCAGAUUCAGUUGCUCCAACUGACAUUGAAGAAGGUAUGCGAGUAGGAGUGGAUCGUAAUAAAUAUCAGAUUCAUAUUCCACUUCCACCAAAAAUUGAUCCAACUGUAACAAUGAUGCAAGUUGAAGAGAAACCUGAUGUCACAUAUAGUGAUGUUGGAGGUUGUAAAGAACAAAUUGAAAAAUUAAGAGAAGUUGUUGAAACACCUUUAUUACAUCCAGAAAAAUUUGUUAAUUUGGGAAUUGAACCACCUAAAGGAGUAUUAUUAUUUGGACCACCAGGUACAGGCAAAACUUUAUGUGCUAGAGCUGUAGCUAAUAGAACAGAUGCUUGUUUUAUUCGUGUGAUUGGUUCAGAAUUGGUUCAAAAAUAUGUUGGUGAGGGUGCUCGCAUGGUAAGAGAAUUAUUUGAAAUGGCACGUAGUAAAAAAGCUUGUUUAAUAUUUUUUGAUGAAAUUGAUGCUAUUGGAGGAGCUCGAUUUGAUGAUGGAGCUGGUGGUGAUAAUGAAGUACAACGUACUAUGCUUGAACUUAUUAAUCAAUUAGAUGGUUUUGAUCCACGAGGUAAUAUUAAGGUAUUAAUGGCAACAAAUAGACCAGAUACAUUAGAUCCAGCAUUGAUGCGACCAGGACGUUUAGAUAGAAAGGUAGAAUUCGGAUUACCGGACUUAGAAGGACGAACACAUAUUUUUAAAAUUCAUGCACGUUCAAUGAGCGUAGAAAGAGACAUCAGAUUUGAACUUCUUGCACGCUUAUGCCCUAAUAGUACUGGAGCUGAAAUUCGUUCUGUUUGUACAGAAGCUGGUAUGUUUGCAAUUCGUGCACGUCGUAAAGUAGCUACGGAAAAAGACUUUUUAGAAGCUGUAAACAAAGUAAUUAAAUCUUACGCUAAAUUUUCUGCAACUCCUAAAUAUAUGACUUAUAAUUAAAGAAUUAAUUCUUAUUCUCAAAUAUUUAUAUGGUUACAAUAUUAUAUUGCUAAUUAUAACAUACAAAUUAAUCAUUAUAAUUUGAUUAUAAAGUACAUAAUAAAUUGCAAUUUGU